AUGAGCCUGAUGGAUUGCAAGUCGAUUAGGGGACAUUGGGUGGGGGCAGAAGCGGCGCCCAAAACUGAUGGCGUUGCCGUUGUGGCUGCCGGGAAUGCUGUUGCUGUUGUGCCGCAUAUUGUAGCGUUGGGAGCGGUAUGCUGUGACCUGCUAGCGUCUGCGACCGCCGAGGUGGAUGUUGAACGAGCGUCGGGCUCUGUAUCCCUGUUUGUUGGGGAAGCUGGUGACCUGAAGAAUGCUGGAACUGCGGAGGGCGCUGAGCGUGCUGGUAACGUUGAGCAUGGUGGAGUGGAGGUUGAACUAGUGCUGGGCUCUGUGAUCCUGUAUGCUGCGAGGUUCGGCGACUCUGAGGUUGCUGAAGUUGCUGAAAAGGGGGCUGGGCAAGUGCCGGGCUAUGUGGCCCUGCGUUCUGAGGAUGCUGAGAGCCAGGAUGCUGAUACUGAGGCUGAGGCUGAGGUUGCUGAGGCUGCUGAGGCUGCUGGAGUGGGGUUUGGGCGAGUGCCGGGCUUUGUGGCCCUGCAUGUUGAGGCUGUUGAGGUUGAGGUUGCUGAGUAUGAGGGUGCUGAGAGUGCUGAGGGUACUGAGGGUAUUGAGGCCGAGGCUGGUGGGAAUACUGUUGACAUGGGUGCUCUGGAGGUAACUCGCGCGGCGUCAUGA